AUGGACUGUCAAACUACAUACAGGAGUAAUGGAAAGGAGAAGGAGCAAGCCGCUUUCAAGCGCAGUUCAAUUAUGCAAAGGUCUCCGACCUUGACGACUGGGACGCCGACGAGGAGACUUAAAACCUCCCCUCCGCCGGUGCCGUUCAAGGCUGUUAGUGACACCGGAUCGUCGUCCGGAUCCGGAAAGAGGAAAGAAGAGGUCGAUCUGGCGAUGGAGGUGACCAACCCGGAAACACCUCAAGGAAUUCCUCCCAGCAACAGCUCUCUUCGUGCGGCAUUCGGUCUGCAAAUGCUUCAGCAGCAGCAUGACGAUGCCAGCGAAGAGGAGGACCUGUCACUAAAAAAAAUGAAAGCUCUUUUGAAGGAGAUGGCCAAGGCUCUCCUUACUCAGAGGAACGUGAACAAGGCGAUUAAGGAUGGAAUUCCGAAACUCGAUGAUUUCCUUGGUGAAAUCGAGGAAUGCCGGAAGAUCAGGCUGAAGGCGGUGAAGCAGGAGCGCGACAUCAUGAACCGUGUCAUAUCUGAUUCACCUCAAGCUCAAGCUUAUCUGGCUGAGUCUCAGACCCAAGCCAGAAAGCGAGUAAAGCGGCAGAGAGGUUCUUCGCCGGGAAGCCCUGAGCUUAGGGAAUUGGAUCCAGCGCCGAAUCCAGUCUUCUUCUCUGCUUCCACACAGACUGAGGACGUUCCGGCUGCUGAUUUAGUUCCUGCUCCGGUAGGGGUUCCUGCACCAGCAGCUGCUCUAAUCCCAGCGUCAAUCCCAUCGACAUCUCUCAACUCGCAGGGGCCCGCUCCGCAAACACCUUUGGGGAACUGGGAGAGACGCCUGUCAAAAAAAGAGAGGAGACAGCUAAAGCGCGCCGAGGCUGCCUCAAAAAAGACGCCUGCAAAAGGGAAGAAGAAAGUCCAAGUCUCUGAACCGGUUAAGGAGACCCCUAGCAAAACUUCCAGGAAGCCUUCACGACCCAGGCUCAAGAAGCCUAGGCCUGAGGCGAUUUUGAUCAAACCCUUAGGGGGGCGAUCUUUCGCCGAUGUCCUAGGACAGAUUAAAACCCAGGCGAAACCGGAAGAGACGGAGACUACAAUCAAGUCCAUCCGACGAACCCAGAACGGGGAUGUUCUCCUCGAACUGGGAAAAUCGAGGGACAAGGACGGUUUUGCUGCUUCCCUCAAAACCGCUCUUGGUGACAAAGGCUCUAUUCGAACCCUUCAACCGAGAUGUUCAGUGGAGAUCCGAGACCUAGACGUUCUAUCUACAGAGGACGAGGUGAUCAAAGCGUUAAAGAAGGCGCUUCCAGAACUACCGGGAGAAGCGGGAGGUCUCAAGGUCUGGUUGACAAAACCAAAUCGGAGCCAGCAGCGUAUGGCAAUUGCUGAAUUGGGCGAAAAGCACGCUAAUAAGCUGCUUAGCCUCCAGCACCUGAGAGUCGGAUGGGUGAGUUGCAGGCUCAAACAAAGGGUCAUCGUGCAAAGAUGCUACCGGUGCCUAGCGUUCGGUCACUCUUCCCUUACCUGCAGAGGGCCCGACCGAAGUUUCAACUGCCUCCGGUGCGGAGACCAAGGCCACAAGAAGAAAGACUGCACCUCGAGCCUCUCCUGUUUCCUCUGUAAGGAGACAGGUUCUGCUGGGAAUGCUCUUGGUCACUUACCUGGUUCUGGUCAGUGCGGUGUUUUUAGAUCCGCACUCGAACAGGCAAAAGGCAGAGGCCAAUAA